AUGUCCUCUUACCUCAAGUCACCCCCACCCCAUUACUCAGUCAAUGCACUGGCCUUGGCGGCACCUGCCUUGGAGAUUCUACAUGGCGGCACCACUGCUGCAGGCACACCGAGGAAACAGCGCAGAGAGCGGACCACAUUCACUCGGGCCCAACUCGACAUCCUGGAAGGCCUUUUUGCCAAGACCCGAUACCCUGAUAUCUUCAUGCGAGAGGACGUCGCCGGCAAAAUCAACCUCCCAGAAUCCCGAGUCCAGGUGUGGUUCAAGAACCGCCGUGCAAAGUGUCGACAACAGCAACAGCAGCAGCAGCAGCAGCCAGCAGGUGGGGGAACAUCCAAGGCCCGACCAGCCAAGAAGAAGGGCAUCUCCCCACCCCGAGGUGGAGCAGAGCCUGGGCCAGAACCACCAGGCCCUUACAGCCCAGCACCCGCUCCCUCGGCCACUCCUCCUCCAGCAUCAGUAUCCAUCUGGAGCCCUGCCCUCUCUCCACUGCCCGACCCCCUGGCAGCAAUGGGGGCUGCGGGGGGCUCAUCCGUCUGCACCCAGCGUGGGCCUGGGGCUUCUGUUGCUGCUUCCUCUUCUUAUGCGCUGACCUACGCUCCAGCCCCAGCAGCCUUCAGUGCCUCUUCCUCACCCUAUGGGAGUUCCAGCUCCUUUUUUGGGGGUCUAGACUGCAGCCCCUACCUCUCACCCAUGGGGUCCCAGCUGGGCGGACCUGGUUCUUCCCUCAGCCCCCUUCCUGCUCCUGGCAUGGGGCCCCACUUGGGCCAGUCUCCAGCCUCCCUCUCAGGUCAGAGUUUUGGGGCUGGGGGCCUAGGAUUCAGCCCUGUGGACUGUCUGGAUUACAAAGACCCCAGCAACACCUGGAAACUCAAUUUUAGCACGACAGCUGAUUGCCUGGAUUACAAAGAUCAGGGCUCAUGGAAAUUCCAGGUGUUAUAG